UCCGAAAAUCCUCCCCUGAUCAACAAGCCUGCAAGUCUUUGAAGUCUCUAUUGGAUUCGAUCAAAAAUCUUGUAUUUUGUUGGCUUGCGUUUGAAAAAUGGCCGAAGAAAGUUUCAUGGAUAAGGCCAAGAACUUCGUGACAGAAAAGAUAGGAAACAUGGAGAAGCCAGAAGCAGAAGUCACAGAUGUUGAUUUCAAGAAGGUGAGCUUGAGCUCUGUGGAGUACCUUGCCAAGGUAUCCGUGACCAAUCCCUACAGCCACUCGAUCCCCAUCUGUGAUAUCAAAUACACCCUCAAAAGCGUUAACAGGGAGAUUGCAUCCGGGACCAUACCGGACCCUGGAUCCAUAAAGGCAAGUGAUGUAACUGUGCUGGAGGUGCUACUGAAGGUUCCACACAGCAUAUUGUUGACAUUGGUAAAGGAUCUGGGUGCAGACUGGGACUUCGACUAUGAGUUGGACAUAGGCCUCAUCAUUGACCUACCCGUCAUCGGCAACUUCACCAUCCCACUCAACAAGAAGGGAGAGUUCAAGCUUCCCUCCCUCUUCUAAUCAUCAUGUCUCUUGGGAUUCAAUUAUUUUGCUACUAUUUUAUGUUAUGUUAUCUUACGUUUGUUGUUCUUUCAUCAUGGAAUGGAUGAGGAUUUGCGUGGUGCUAGUGAUGUUUUCAUCUAAUUGAGGGAGAAUAAAGUAACCUUUAUAACAA